UAAAGGAAUCUUUUGACUUGGAAAGCUAAAGGUUAAAAAAGGUGUCGGCAUGGAUUGGAAUUAUUGCACUCAUCAGAUCAGUGGCAAUACCCAAUUCUACUGCACAUCAUAUUCCAUUCAUCAUCUUGCUUCAAUUGCUUCUGCAAACCUUCUCUCUCUCAAACAAGCUAGCUCAGAAAGAAAAACAACUAUCUCAUUUACAUUACACCUACACCAAUACAGAUUGAGAACCAAGAAUGGCUUGUGUGGUUGUACUUUCUCUUACGAGGACGCUUGAGCUUGAGUUCUUGCAACCUAUGCCUCGUCCAAUUCUACAACAAAACCAACUCAUCCCCUGCAACAAAGACUUGGUCCUAUCUCUCCACAACAAGCUUGGAUCCCUCAUGGAACUAUUCGAUGAGAAUAAAAUGGAUGGUGUUAAAGCAAUAAAAGACUUGGAAACAAAGCUCAGAGAUGUAGCUUCCAGAAUUGAGGAUGAAAUUGAACUCCAAGUACUACAUCUUUAUGAGGAAGAAAUAAAAAGAGAGGAAGAAGAAGAAGAAGAAUUCAGAAUUUUUGAAGAAAUUUUUGAUAUUUUUGACAGAUCUGUGGAUCAGGCAUUUCAUACACAGGACAAUACUGGUGAGGAAAGCACUCAUCAUUGCCAAAGCCUUAACCUUCAUCAGACAAGUACUCAUCAUUGCCCGAGGCUUCAUCAAAUUUUGCAUCCGCUAAGGGGAAAAUCACAUCCUUGUCUCAAAUUCCGUCGUAUUUUGCACCCAGCUCUACAACACAUUGAUGCCAUCACUCAAGAGUUGGCCAAAGCCAAGGAGGAGUACCAGCUUUUCAAACAUCAUCUACAACCAGCCUCCAUUCAUGUUUUACCAAUCCCAACUCAUCAAGGUAUCACCGUGCCUGAUUCUUCCCACACUGUUUCACACACCAAGGAAAUAAUGGUUGGAAAACAGGAUGAGUUCGAGAGUAUAAAGGAGAUGCUAAUUCAACAUCCAUCUAAGCAACUAGAAAUUGUCUCCAUUAAAGGUAUGGGAGGUAUUGGUAAGACAACAUUAGCAAAGAAAAUUUAUGAACAUCCAUCAAUCACUUCCCACUUUGAUAAGCAAGCAUGGACUGUCGCAUCACAACAUCACAGUAAGAGACAAAUGCUCUUAGAUCUUCUUGGUUACAAAGACAAUAAUGCAGACAGCAGCAGUAAUGACGACCUAGCAUUACAAUUCUAUCAAUGUUUGAAGCUUCAAAGGUACUUGAUUGUGAUGGAUGAUGUAUGGAGCAAAGAGGCAUGGGAUGCUGUCAAAACUUGUUUUCCCAAUGAUGGAAAUGGUAGCCGAGUAUUGUUGACAACUCGUCUUGCAGAGGUAGCUAAUCAUACCAUCUCCAAAGAUGAGUUUUCUCAUCAAAUGCAAUUGUUAGAACAAAGUGAGAGUUGGCAACUAUUUAAUGAAAAGGCAUGUAAAUCUCGCGGUGCUGAAUUUGAAACGAUUGGGAGACCGGUAGUUGAAAAAUGCAAAGGAUUGCCUUUGGCAAUUAUUGUGGUUGCAGGUCUUUUUUCCAAACUCAUCACUCUAGAUGAGUGGAAGAAUACUGCCAAUGCUCUAAGUUCUUCUUCUGCAACUACUCUAGAUGAUGUAGAAUGUUCGAGAAUACUCUCAUUGAGUUACAAUCAUUUGUCCCACAACUUAAAAGCUUGUUUCUUAUACUUGGGAGUUUUUCCAGAAGAUCACGAGAUCAAUGCUAAUGAUCUUGCAAGGUUAUGGCUUGCCGAAGGACUUGUAAAGGCAUUUGAGAAUGAAAACUUUGAUGUAGUGGCUAACAGGUACAUGCAAGAACUUAUGGAUAGAAACCUGAUCAUUUUAAGCAAGCUAAGUUGUUGUGGAAGAAAAAUUAAGAGGUUUAGGAUGCAUGAUUUAUUGCAUGCCUUUUGUAUGAGAGAAGCUCAGAACGAGAACCUUUUGCAUGUUGUCCAGAGUGAAAAUAGUUGUUAUUUUUCUCAGAAAGGUUUUCGUUGGCUAAGCAUCCAAUAUGAAGAUUUUAACAUGUCUAUGAUACAACAUUAUACUUUGAAAAGAUAUAGAUCGUUCUUCAUUUUUUUGAGGGGGAAAUCUUUUUCAAAUUUUAGAAAUAGCAAUCUACUGAGAGUAGUCUUCAACUAUGAUAUACAUGUCUGUCACAAAUAUAUUGUGGAUAUUAUCCAUUUGAGAUUGCUCAGAGUUGGAAAUGAUAUAGAACUGUCCAGGACUCGAGGAUUCCUAAAGUCAAGAUGUAGAGAGAGUAUAAACUUGUCAAGAUCUUGGAAUCUUCAAACACUUCGUUCUGGUGGAAAAGUAACAUAUAGAUUAGUUGAAGGAGAGAAGCAUUCAGAGUUUACGCAACUUCACUAUAUUCGUUGCAAUGGUUGUUUUCGUGGAAAUCCUCCUAAUUUUGUUCAAAAACUGUAUGUGAUCAGAGCUGAUGAUUGCUCAAAAGAAUACAUUACCGAUAUUCCAUGCUUGAAGAAGGUACGUAUUGUAUUGGAAGGCAGAGAGAGUAAUGCUUGCAUUGCGAACUUAGCCUAUUUAGAGCAGCUCGAGGGACUUUGGAUUUCAGAAUAUUGGUUUCAAACACAUAUUCCAAUUAAUAAUGGUAUUGUUCUCUUGAAAAAUGUUAGGAAGUUGACAUUAGAUGAAAUGACAUUUGAGUGUGAGGAAAUGAAUAUUCUUAGCAAGUUGCCUAGGCUAGAGGUGCUCAAGUUAAAUUUGGUGUCCUGCAUAGGCAAUGAGUGGGAAAUACAAGAGGAAGUGAUAUUUUGGCAGUUAAUUGCUUUAUUUAUCCUUGACUCUGAUCUCAAGCAUUGGAAAGCUAGUAGUCAUAAUUUUCCAAAACUUGAGCACCUAUAUCUUUGCCAGUGUUCUAGAUUGAGAGAGAUCCCAACUGACUUUGCCGAAAUUUCAACAUUGAAGUCAAUCGAAUUAACCGCAUGUCUUCCUUCUGCUGUGGAAUCAGCGAGGAAAAUUCAGGACGAGCAAGGUGACUAUGGAAACUACACUAUAAUUGUUACUGACAAAUAUACAUUACAUGAUUUGAAAUCUGAGGAAGGCCUGAGCGACGAAGAGGCAGAUUUUGAUAAACUGCUAGAUACCUUGUCAGAUGUGGACGACAAACUGCUAUUUAUUAAUAGCUUGUAUUCACUUUUAGGCUGAGGACAUCCAUGUGUUGGUCUGCAUAGAGAUUAGAGAUUGCUUUGCGCUGCUUAAAGAAAGCACCCCACCCCAGUUUAGUGGUUGGUUUUGGCAUUUCAGCUUUAAUUUGGUUUUUUUUUUUUUUUUUUAAAUUUAAUAGAUGUAAUAUAAUGUAGCCUCUGAUCUGUUAUUUUGUGAAUGAUGCAUGCAUGAUGUAUAUAUGUGCAAUGCACUACUGAGUUCUAUUUUCUAUCCCUAUAUAUAUAUAUGACUGUCAUUUGCUUCUAUCUAACUUGCUUUUCUAUUUUCUAUCCCUAUAUAUAUAUAUGACUGUCAUUUGCUUCUAUCUAACUUGCUUAUGUAUUAAUUAAGUUCUGUUUUGCUUAUUGGUUUGCAAAGAGCAGCUCAUGAAUUAGUAGUUAGAGUGGUUCAGUUAAUAUUCCCAAUUGAAAUGACUUCAGCUAAUAUUUGGAUGCUUUCAAUGUGUUGGCUGAAAGGCAAAGAUCAGAGCUGAACAAAUUUGAUGGGCAGAGAGAGAGUGUGUAUUGCAGCCGGGACGGGCAGGCGUUUGUAGAAACUCAUUCAAGAAUCCAAUGCUUGCAAUAAUUCACAAAACUCUGGGGAGUGUUCAAACUUCAUGUCUUGUAUUUUAGUACUGAAUUGGAAGUUUAAAACUUUAAAAUACUCUUGAAGCUUAGAUUUGCAAUAUGUGUGUGUGUGUGUUUGAUGCAUAUAUAUAUGCAGACAUAUUGGUAUAGAGCAAAUUCCAUUUAAAGUGCCACAGUUUAGACAAUUCAAUUCUGUGACUCCAAUCCAAUCCAAUCCAAUCCAGCUCAUAUAUAUGCAACAGAAUCUGAACUGGCCUGCCUCUGCAAAGAAGCGUGUUGAAGAUCGAGCAGAUGGUUGAUUGCUUUGGCUGUUAUGGGUGUUUUUCGUUAUUGAAAUGGAUGCAAAUAUGUUUUUUUUUAUGCAUAUGCAGACAUGUUGUUGGAGUUGAUGAUGAGUGUUAACAAGCUAGCUAAGAAGAUUAUUGCUUGAAGAAAGCAUAUAUCUUCUCAUGCAAUGCAAUGGUUAUUAGUUCUUGAAUCAUGAGAGAUGUGCAAUUCAAUACUUCAA